UAUCUCUUUGUGGUGUUAGACCAAUGAUUGAUACCAUGUGUAUCCAAAAGAAAAUAUUAGUUUAUGCUUUGCUUCAUAAUUUUUGUAGAACAUCAUAUUUGACGCUGCAAAAUAUUAAUUCAAACUCGUGAAGGCAGUAACUUAUAGAAACUAUUGCAGGUCAUCUGAUUUGUGGGAGGAAAAUAUUAAAAAAUGACACAUUCUGCUAAAUCUGGGAAAUUGCUCGCAGUUAUCGGAGAUGAGGAUACAUGUACAGGGUUCCUAUUAGGAGGUAUAGGAGAACUGAACAAGCAUAGACAUCCCAACUUCAUGGUAGUAGACAAAAGCACAAGCGUAAGUGAGAUAGAAGACUGUUUCAAUGCCUUCAAAAGCAGAGAUGAAAUUGCAAUUAUUCUCAUAAAUCAAAAUGUAGCUGAGGAGAUCCGCCAUGUGCUAGAUGCCCACACUGACCCCACACCAGCUGUACUAGAGAUCCCAAGUAAAGAUCACCCAUACGAUGCAAACAAAGACUCCAUCCUCAGGAGAGCUAAGGGAAUGUUCAGUGCAGAGGAUCUACGAUAAUCCCAUGGAUAGCAUCUGUCGUACCUCAUUAUAGGAAUUCCUCCACUUGAACAAUAUAGCUGGAAUAAUAUGUAUAUAAGACAAAUAAAAGCAGCGUUCUCUUCAGCAAUUCAUUAACUGGGUGUUGCACCUGGUUGAUAAUUCAAAGUUACCUGUCUGUCACCCACUUGAAAAAUCCUUUUGCACAUAAGGACAUUCCUCACCUGUACAAUGGAAAUUGAGAAUUUUACACCCACUAGUUGAGAUAAAAUACAAUGAAGAAGACCAGGAUGAAUAUUGUGUAUAAAUACUACACUGUGUAUAAACCAAAUAGCAUAUAGAAUAGAUCAUGGACAUGUGUAGACGCACAUUUCAAUAUUGUUGGCACAUGCAAAUUGCAAAACUAAACAUCCUCCUAGCAUAUGUACAGAAUCUGUUCCUUCUUCUUGAUCUAGGAAACCCUAUAUUCGGAAAAUAAGAGUUAUCAGAAGACUUAUGUCUGAACUGAAUUUAUGUUUUCAAUUU